AUGAUUGUCGAUAUGACUGUCAAAUUCGAGGAUAAUUGUUUCUAUCAGUAUCUGCGCGUUUGCUCCGACGUAGCUGGCUUGUUAGAAGAGGGAAUUUUGGUUAAUUGGGCCGUCAAAGAUAUUGAUCUGUACACCAACAUUGUCUCAGGUAGAAAAACGAAAUCCUGCCCGAAUUGUGAUUCGGUAGAUCACAGUUUAUAUUCAUGCCCGAAUUUGUCUGAAUCCGCCACAUUAUCGAGUUCCUUAUUAGCAACAUCAUCGGUGGUUUUUUAUGGUGGUGGUACUGCUACUACAGCUAGUUCAUCGCCCUUCGCUCGUCAAACACAACGAGCAAAAGCUGUUAUUGACGGAGUGGAGCUUGAGAUAUGUGAAAAUUGGAAUACUAAUAAAUGUCAUAGGAGUGACUGUAAACAUCAUCACUCACGUAUGGAUGCUACGACACCGGUGAAUGUAGAACAAUUAAAGAAAGAGCUUUUGCACCAUCCUAAAAAAGAUCUAGUUAAAUUUCUAUUAGAUGGGUUUUCCUACGGCUUUGACAUUGGUCUUUUACAAUUAUCUACCACUGCUCUACACUGCAAGAACAACAGUUCAGCUCGAGAUGCUCCGGAGGUGGUGGAUAAACUUAUCCAAGAUGAUGUCGUGAAAGGAUUUUUGUUAGGACUAUUUACCAAAAUUCCAUUUGAGACGUAUAGAAUAUCUCCAAUUGCCGUGGCUUAUGGUAAAUAUUCUGGUAAGGCUAGGUUGAUUGUCGAUUUAAGUGCUCCAUACGAUGUUCAACAUCAUUCCAGUAUUAAUUCCUUAAUUGAUAAGGAGCAAUAUUCAUUAUCGUAUGCGACAUUGGAUGAUACUUUAAAAAUUGUUAAUCGGCUUGGACCACAUACAUCAAUGACUAAAUGUGAUAUGGUCGAUGCAUUUAAACAAGUUCCGGUAACAGUGGAUAAAUGGAAUAAAGCUGCUGGAAAUAUGGUAGUACAUAAGCAUUGA